GAAAGGAAAUAACUAAUUUGAAAUUCGGUAAAAAAAAAUAUUUAUCAUCAUGGCAGGAACAUUAUUCCGUUCUAUGCUAAGCACUACUUUAUCGGCUUAUAAAACGAAUUCAACUCAUAUACGUACCAUACACAGUUCAACUGCUUUUUAUGCUGCCCGUAAAGGUACUAGAGCAAAGGCCCGUGCUAAAAAAGUGAAAGUUGAGAUUACAAAAGUAGGGUUUAUUCCCCAUAACCAGAGAGGAGCCAAUAAAGCAGCAGCUAAAAUUCAUACUCCCAAACAUGUAGAUGACUCGUUGAAACUAAUAUCCAAAGAUGAUGUUUUUCCCAUGAAGUAUUACCAGUGGGUGGUGUAUUCUGCCGAGGAUGCAGUCCGGGCUCACCAAGAGACACACCAUGCCACAAUGUACAAUGAGCCUAGUGCAUUUGUGUAUGCUAGGGUUGAGAUGAAUAUGGAAGCUGCAAAGAAGAACCGCUUUGUGGACCCAUUUGUGCGGUUGGCUCUCCUGCCUCAUCACUUCCCGCGUGACGAGGAACGCACCAUCCUCGCUUUCUGCAAGGCUCCCGAGCAAGUCAAGCAGGCCAGUGAGGCUGGGGCCACCACUGUGGGGGGAACUGAUUUGAUUAAGAAGAUACAGGAAGGCGCCAUAAAAGUAGCAGAGUACGACUUCGUAAUAGCGCACCCCAACAUCCUCACGGAGCUAGUACCCAUCCGUGGCCUGAUGAAACGCAAGUUUCCUAACGUCCGCGCUGGCACCGUCGACACGAAUCUAGUGGAUAUGGUUCGCAAGUUCGCGGCUGGUGUCCAGUAUAGAGUGACCAGGGAUGAGUACCAACAGAACUUUGGCAGCUGCGAUGUCCCCAUUGGCAGGUUAAAUAUGGACGUGAAACAAGUUGCUGAGAAUAUUGCAGCGCUGCUAAAGGAUAUACAGUCCGGAAGGCCAAAGAGAGAUGGACUUUUUAUUACCAAAUGUCUAAUUAGCAGUCCCCCAUCAACAGAGAAACUGAAAAUAGAUCCGUUCGUGCACGUAGACAGAACAUUGGCUCAGGAGGUCCGAUAUGAUAGCGAUGACGAGGAUGACGCAGUGGCUGUAGCCCAGUGAUUAAUAAACUGUACAACUUACGCGAUUGUCACACUGAUGCGGAUCGGCACGCCACUCCGGUGAGAGAGCGAGACAGCGCUA